AUGCCCGGCGACUCGCAAGACAGCGUACUGUCUACAACGGCAAACGUCAUCGGCCUGCUCACUUUUGCUUUCUCCGCCCUGAACUUAUGGUACCUAUCGACACGUCGAGAUUCCAAGUUCUCAGCAAAUCUGAAGGCGAAAAAAUGGGACCAAUUCAGGCUUGACUUGAGGAGCCGGAAGCGCUUCACCCAUAUAAUGGAACUGCGGGCUUCCGGUGUGGGCGAUGACGAACUACGAGACGCUCAAAUCGCGUUUUCCCUCCCUAGAGUUCUUGCACGCAUUGAUACGGCAUUGUCGCUCGUCGACACCAUGGAACACCAAUGGAGCGAGCUUGCAUUUAAGAUGGAGAUUCAGAAAAACCCUUUUGUCAUUUUUGUCGCCCCCCCUACCAGCAUCACCCAGAUCUUCUCCACCUAUAUUCUACGGUUCGACAACAUUUUUGUGCGUCUUUAUGGGGUGAUAAAGAACGGACUCGGGGAGAAGAAGAAAACCUUGGAUAUAAUACGGGCUGUAUAUGUUGUACUGAAUGUUUGGAUUCUCGAUCUUUGGUGGUCAUCGCCAUUGGGAAACAGCAAGCUUUCUGACCAAUAUCAAGAAGCCUCGGAGAUCCUUUCUGAAAUCGAUUCGCAUAUCUCUCUCAUACAGAGUAUGAAAAUCCUUCAACUCGAAAGUAUGAUUGAGAAUCGAACACUUGGUAGUACCGCAGUGGUGAACAACACUCAGCCUCUCGCAGCACCACGCUCACCAGCAUCCGCAUCACCAGCGCCGUCGUCACCAAGGGUAGAGUAUUCUUCUACUUCGACACCACCUCAUCACCCGCCAUCUCGAUAG